AUGACUGAAAGAAACUUCCCAAGUCAAACAAAGUUCCGUAAUAUUGUUUGUUUUCCAGCUCAUGGAACUCAAUAUCAACCAUUCUCCAUCAGUGGUGUCUCUACAUACUAUUCCCUAUUGAUUCUUCCACCAAUUGAUGUCUAUACCUUUAAUGUUGACUCACACUUUGUUGGCAAUCCCAAUGUACUGAAUGUAUUAAUUCCUUUACAAAGAGCACAAAUUAAUACAGAAAGCAUUACCAACGUUGAUGCUCGUAUCAGUUUUGAUCCCAACACACAUAAAUAUACCCUCCAAAUUCAUUUUAGAAAUACUAUUCAAGAAUAA